GCUAGCAAGCCGUGCAGUCGCGCUGCACAAGGAGAGUGGAAUACACACAGAGAGAACGAGAAAGGCGGAGAGAGAAAGAGAGUUACAGAUUUAUUCAGCAAUGGAGAGCAAACAGCCACCGCCAUACAGCGCAGUGCCGCCACCGCAGCCUGGCUUUACGCCCGCACAGACCUAUCAGCCAUAUCCGGGCGGACCGACACAGCCGCCACUGUAUCCACCUAUGCCCCAGCCGCCCCAGCAAUCCACCGUGAUCAUACAGACAACAACCACAUCCAAUUUGGUGCCCAUUGGCAGUGGACCGACACGCAUACGUUGCCCCUCCUGCCAUGCUGAGGUGGUGACAACUGUUAAGAGCACACCCUCUGGCCGAACACAUUGCUGGGCAUUGAUACUCUGCCUGUUCAUCUGCUGGCCCUGUGUCUGUUUGCCCUACUGCAUGGACUCCUGUCAGAAUGCCAAUCACUAUUGCCCCAAUUGUAGCGCCUACAUAGGAACCUACGAGAACUAAGCACGAAAAAAGACCGAUAAAUUCGCACACACAUGCAUACAUACGCAUAUACAUGCAUACAUAUGUAUAUACAUAUACACGUGUAUAAAUUGCAUUAUCUAAUUAAGCCUAUAGAUCUUUACUCUCUGAAUGAAUUACUAUAUUAAUCA